AUGGCCAGCGGCAACGCGUCCAGUGCCUACCUCUCUGUCGUCGAGGACGUCGUCUCCAAAGUUCGUAAGGACUUUACGAACUCCGGCGUUGGCGACUCCGUCCUCAACGAGCUCCAGGCUCUCUGGGAGACGAAGUUGCUGCACUGUGGCGCAAUCUCAGCGAACAUCGACCGCAACAGGGCUCCCCACGCUGGAGCGUCUGCUGGCGGCGCGACUCCACCGGUGCACCAUCUCAACGUGCCCUACGAGGCCACGUCCGAGGAGUACGCCACCCCAACCGCCGACAUGCUCUUCCCACCGACCCCGAUCCAGACGCCACUACCAGAGGGGAUUGAUACGGGGCCGUGGGACUAUGCCCCAUCGCCGAUCGGUGACAUGAGAAACGGCAUGGGGAUGAUGAAUGGGGCUGAUCCAGAGACUGGCCGCCCAAGCCCUUUCAUGCAACCUCCAUCGCCCUGGAUGAAUCAGAGACCACUGGGGCUUGAUGUGAACCUUGCUUUUGCUCAUGAUGAGGAGAUCCGGAUGAUGAUGCAACCCCGGCCACUGACGACUAAGGAUUUUCUCAUGAUGUCUUCUGGAAAACGGAAGAGGGAUGAAUAUCCUUCUGCUGCCUCAUUUGUGCCACAGCAGGAUGGAUGUGCAGAUCAGGUUGCGGGUGAUGGUGAUGAUGAUGAACCUCCUCUCAAUGAAGAUGACGACGACGAUGACGACAUUGAUGAUGACUUUGAUGACACGCAGCACCUUGUCCUUGCACAGUUCGACAAGAUAACAAGGACAAAGAAUCGCUGGAAGUGCACUCUGAAGGGUGGAAUCAUGCAUUUGAACGGCAGAGAUGUUCUGUUCAGCAAGGCUUCAGGAGAGUUUCAUUUUUGA